UGAUCAAGAGACUAUCAAAAUGCAUGAACURUCCGAGAAGGAGAAAACAUUUUGGUUCAUUAUCUUCGUUGCUGAAGGCGUUAUCAUCAUCUGUUGCAACGUUAUCGCAGUUAUCAUCUUCACAAGAAAAAUUCAUCAGUCAAAAUCAUGCAUUCUGUUGGUGAAUCAGUCGAUCGCGGAUUUUUUAGUCGGAGCAAAAGUUCUGUAUUUUAGCCUUCAAUACACCUCUAUUGAUUCCUUUCCCUCACACAAACUGAUAGGUGAUUGUCGACCGAUAGAAAACAUUGUUAAGUUAGUAACUUGGAACUAUGUGAUUGACGUUUCCYUGUCGUCAUUAAGUUUGAUAUCCUUAGAGCGGGCUUGUGCCGUCUUCAUGCCAUUUCGCCACCGUAUUUUGAACAAAAGGACAUACUACUACGCAAUUCUGGGAACGUGGAUAGUGUGUUUUCUACCRAGCUCGACARUUAUAAUCUUACGGUGURAAGAGGAGAAAUUACGGAACACUUUUACUUUUGCAAUUGGGAUAAUUUCGGUUUUGAGCUCUCUUUUAACAAUUGUCGUCRUCUACUUCAGUAUUUACAUCAAACUUAGGUUUUUCCCAACUAUGCACAUGAACUGCCAAAGUCAGAGACAGAUUAAACUUUGCAGAACRCUCUUCUAUGCCUCCGCAGCAUCGAUAAUCACCAUUCUCCCCUCCACACUACAACAGAUAUAUUCYAAUUCUCUAGGCAAGCAAAACAGAAACAUGAUGUGGAACUUGAAUGAAGUUUUAAUGUUGCUUUUGUUCUCAAACUCGUUUGUGAACUUUGUUAUUUAUGCUUGGAGAUUCCCAGAAUUCAGUGAGGACAUGAAAAAGUUGUUUASUUGGAAAAGACCGACCGUCAAUGAUGUAAGUGUCAUUGAAAUGACAGAGAGAAUAGGUCAAACGCGAAGUAAUAAGUGAACUUAAAGUUGGUAWAGUUUUACAUAKAAUUGCGGCUAAAAACAUUGACUGUCAGUGACUUACAUUGUGACCAUUUAGCGACAAAUGCUGUUCAUUAAAUUUGACUCAA